AUGAUUCAAUGUCAUGCUCAUGCUCUAUCCCCCUCCAAGGGAGGCAAGAAGGCAAAGUUUGCCGAUACCCAUAAAUGGGUAGAUGAAGAUGACGUCUAUUACGACUUCAUCGAACAGAUGGCUAUCGCGCAUGCCCGACGUGCUGUUGAGGAGGCCGUUAUAGCCCGGCGCAUUCGUCGCCGUUGUCGCGAGGGACACUCCGGCAACGGAGGAAAGAAAUGGCUCAUCUUCCUCAUUUCCGAUUCUUCUUCUUCUUUCUCCCCAACCGGUACACCUGCAUCACCAGGUGACGCCUACUAUGACUUCACAUCGAACAGAUGGCUGCCGCGCACGCCCGACGUGCGGUCCAAGAAGCCGCUGCUGCCCGGCGCAUUCGUCGCCCUCGUCGAGAGGGACACUCCGGGAACGGAGGGAAGAAAUUCUGCUAAUAGUAUCGUAAUAACAGUCAAGGUUACAGAGGAGAAGAAGCAGAAGUAA